ACCAUGCAUUCAGCUAUCCUAGCCACCUUCUUCUUGUUGAGCUGGACUCAUUGUUGGUCCCUGCCCCUUUCCUAUGGUAAUGAUGAUGAUGAUGACUUGUCUGAGGAAGACCUUGAGUUUGCAGAGCACUACUUGAAAUCAUACUACCAUCCCGUAACUCUUGCGGGAAUCCUGAAGAAGUCUACAGUGACCUCCACAGUCGACAGGCUCCGAGAAAUGCAGUCUUUCUUUGGCCUGGAAGUGACUGGCAAGCUUGACGAUCCCACCCUAGACAUCAUGAGAAAGCCACGGUGUGGAGUGCCUGAUGUGGCUGAAUACAAUGUUUUCCCUGGGUCACUCAAAUGGUCGCAAACAAACUUAACUUACAGAAUUGUGAACUAUACUCCUGAUAUGCCCCAUUCUGAAGUGGAGAAGGCCUUCAGAAAAGCCUUCAAGGUCUGGUCUGAUGUGACACCUCUGAAUUUCACCAGAAUCUAUGAUGGCACUGCUGAUAUCAUGAUAUCUUUUGGAACUAAAGAACAUGGUGACUUCUACCCAUUUGAUGGACCCAAUGGUCUUCUGGCACAUGCUUUUCCUCCUGGACCAAACUAUGGAGGGGAUGCCCAUUUUGAUGAUGAUGAAACCUGGACAAGCAGUUCCAAAGGCUACAACUUGUUUCUUGUUGCUGCCCAUGAGCUUGGACACUCCCUAGGUCUGGACCACUCCAGGGACCCAGGAGCCCUGAUGUAUCCCGUCUAUACCUACACCGGCAAAAACCAUUUCACGCUUCCUGAUGACGACGUUCAAGGAAUCCAGUCUCUCUAUGGUCCAGGAGAUGAAGACCCCAACCCUAAACAUCCCAAAACACCAGAGAAGUGUGACCCAGCCCUAUCCCUUGAUGCCAUUACCAGUCUCCGAGGAGAAACCAUGAUCUUUAAAGACAGAUUCUUCUGGCGCCUGCACCCUCAGCAGGUUGAAGCUGAGCUGUUUCUGACAAAGUCCUUUUGGCCAGAACUUCCCAACCACGUGGAUGCUGCCUAUGAGCAUCCAUCCCGCGAUCUUAUGUUUAUCUUUAGAGGGAGAAAAUUCUGGGCUCUGAAUGGUUAUGACAUUCUGGAAGGUUAUCCCAGAAAAAUAUCUGACCUGGGAUUCCCAAAAGAUGUGAAGAGGCUGAGCGCUGCUGUUCACCUUGAGAACACAGGGAAGACCCUCUUCUUCUCCGGGAACCACGUGUGGAGUUAUGAUGAUGCUAACCAGACUAUGGACAAAAAUUAUCCCCACCUCAUAGAAGAGGAAUUCCCUGGAAUUGGCGACAAAGUAGAUGCUGUCUAUGAGAAAAAUGGUUAUCUCUACUUUUUCAAUGGGCCCAUACAGUUUGAAUACAGCAUCUGGAGUCAUCGUGUUGUGAGAGUCAUGCCAACAAACUCCCUAUUGUGGUGUUAGGCAUCUUUCAAAGUUGCUAUUUAUCUCCUGGAGAGUAUUUGGGAUCCUUUCAGAUGUAUGGGACUGGGGUGGAGAUGUCAGGGAGAGCUUAGUUCUGUGAACAAGCUUCAGUACGUUAUCUUUGAGUAUGCAAUAUCUAUAUGACUAUGCGUGGCUGGAACCACAUUAAAGAAUUUUAAAGUAACGAAAUUGAGAACCCAAGGAUCACCUGAUUCUUAGGUGCUAUGAUGAAACAAGAUUGAUAAUAACCCAUUGCAAACAUGGGGUCCAUCUGCUGAUGAGAGCAAGUAUAAUUAUUAAUAUAUUUAUAAAAAGCCUAACAGGCAUAAAAUAAAUCAUAUUUAUAGAACUGAAUUGUCUUUACAGAAAAGUAUAAGCUUAGAAAAUUGUGAGAAGUUCAUCUAUGGGUAGCUACAGAUGAGCACAGAUAAAGGGAAAUGCCUAUAACAUAAACAUUAUCAGACAGCUUUCCAAGGAGAGAUUUCAGGUUUUCACUGUGAGCAUUCAGAUUUAAACCCAUUUUUGCACAAACACUAAGAAAAUAUCAAAAUCACUAAAGGAAGAGGAUAGCGGCCACUAUGAGGAUGUGAAAGUAACCUUACAUUUGGCUUAACUUCUACGUUGGGUCAUUUCUCAAGACUGUGCACACUGGUAGAAGAUACAGAGAGAGAAAUGGAGGAUUUCUCUUUUUAUU